CACCAGGCCUGUCUGGUUGCCGCCUCAGUGCAGCCCGCCGUCGAUAGGAGCGGGGCGAGACCCCUCUCUCUCAGCUCGUCGUCGUCGUCGUCACGUGAGGAAGUGGAGAAUGGAUGGCGAAGAAUGCGAGAGGGAAGGAUAAGGCAAGCCGCUUGUUAUGACUCAGCGCGUUCGCUAGUUCGCAGCCCGUGACGAACAAGAAGAGAACGGUGACGUGGCUGCUUUUUGUGCUUUAUAAGAUGCGUGCUUCUGAUCAAGUGGCUGCUAGCGCGUUCGCUGGGACCUCCCUCACAGGGAACGGUGGCGAUAUAGCAUUUCCCCAAGUUUUCUACUUGGCUUUUUUCUUUAAUAAUGUUUCCAUCUCUGUUUCAGAGAAGACACGUCGGUUGAAAUAGUGAAUGCAACUGUUCCGAUUGGAGACAGCUGCCUGCCCACGUUAACUGCUGAGUGGACACACGACACGAGACGAUCACAAGUCACUCCGGAUCCACAGAAAUUUCUGCUUCUUUCCGACCACAAGUGAGGUCUCCCCGGAUCCACAAUACUUUGUACUUCUUUCCUUGGUCUCCGGCUCUCUGCGGCGGCGCUACCGUGGUCUCCUCCCAAUCGGCGACGGCGCAAAAGAGUUUGAUCUGUUCAAGAUUCGCUCAGCACAGCAGAGGGCUUUGCGAACUGGAGAUGGAGAGUUGCUGCUCUUCUUCAAUUUCUGCUCUUGGUUGAGCCAAGCGAGAACUGGAUCUAUUCUCCACUAGUUCAUCUAGGAUAGCUGCUGCCAAGGACUCUGCAGAUUGGAUUUCAAGAGCUGCUAUUCAGGAAGUUCAACCCAAGGACAGUGCUAUAGUGGUGCAUAGGUCGGGCACAAAGACAAAUAAAGGUUGAGAAAUGGAGGUCGCUGCUGGGGCAUUGAGCCCUGUCCUCCGUAAGCUUGGUGAGCUGCUCAUCGGAGAAUACAACCUGGAGAAGCGAGUAAAGAAAGGUGUACAAUCACUCCUUAUAGAGCUGGAGAUGAUGCAUGCCGUACUUCGUGAGGUCGGGAAGGUGCCAUCGGACCAGCUCCAGGAGCCGGUCCGGAUUUGGGCUGGCAAGGUGAGAGACCUCUCCUGCGACAUGGAAGACGCUGUUGACGACUCCCUGGUGCGUGUGGGUGAGGGUUCAAGCAGCAAGCCAGCAGACAUGAGGAGUCGAGUCAGUAAGUUCCUCAAGAAAACCACCACAUUGUUUGUCAGGGGUAAAGCGCUUCAUCAAAUCUGUGAUGCCAUCAAAGAAGCUCAGGACCUUGCCAAGGAGUCGGCGGAGCUGCGUAAAAGGUAUGAGCUUGACAUGCGUAGCACUAGCAAUGGUGCUACCAUUGACCCUCGGGUGUUAGCUCUCCACAAAGAUGUAGGGGAGCUUGUUGGUGUUGACCACACAAUGGAUGAGCUUAUCAAAACACUGAUUUGUGAGGAUGGGAGUUCCAAGGAGCAAUUGAAGACGAUCUCUAUUGUUGGUGUUGGUGGGCUAGGCAAGACAACGCUCACCAAAGUAGUCUAUGAGAAGAUCAAAACCCGAUUUGAUUAUGUGGCUUUUGUCCCCGUGGGUCAGAACCCAGAUAUGAAGAAAGUUUUCCAGGACUUACUCUAUGACCUUGACAAUGAAAAGUUCAGUGACAUUCAUAAUACAAAAAGGGAUGAAUAUCUACUCAUCAAGCAAAUCAGUGAUUUCCUUGUGGAUAAGAGGUACCUCAUCGUAAUCGAUGAUAUAUGGGGAAAAGACAUAUGGAGAUGUAUAAAUUGUGCUCUCUACAGGAAUAAACUCCAGAGUCGGGUAAUCACAACAACCCGCAAUGUGAGUGUGUCUAAAGCAUGUCUCUCUUCCACUGAUGGCACUAUUCACAGAAUGAAACCUCUUUCUGACAAAGACUCACAAAUACUCUUCCAUAAAAGAAUAUUUCAAAGCAAGGAGAAAUGUCCAGAAGAUCUGCAGAUAGUAUCAAGAGAUAUCUUGAAGAAAUGUGGUGGUGUACCAUUAGCCAUCAUUACAAUAGCUAGCCUCCUCGUUAGUAAUCAGCGGGUAAAGCCAAACCAUGAUUGGAUGGAUGUGUACAAUUCGAUGGGCCAUGGAGUUACACAAAGUGAUAUUGCGAAGGAUAUGAAUAGGAUAUUGUCACUCAGCUAUUAUGAUUUGCCAUCCUAUCUGAAGCCUUGUUUAUUAUAUCUAAGCAUCUUUCCUGAAGACUUUGAGAUUGAGAGAGAUUGGCUGAUAUGGAGAUGGCUUGCUGAAGGGUUUAUCCAAUGUGACAAAGAAGAAACCAGCCUAUUUGAGAUCGGAGAGACCUACUUCAACGAGCUCAUGAACAGGAGCUUGAUCCAGCCAGCCGAAAUCAAUUAUGAAGGAACAGUAGUAACUUGCCGUAUACAUGAUAUGGUGCUUGACCUUAUAUGCUCACUGUCAAGUGAAGAGAAUUUUAUCUCCAUAUUGGAUAAUGAUAACUGGCAUGCACCUAAUAUGCAAAGGAAAUCUCGCAGGCUAUCACUGUGACGUCCGGGUAAUUAAGCUACAGUGAUCCUCUGCUAAUGAUGCCA